AUGGGGCCUAUUCCUGAGGUCCUACAACCCAAAGGAUCAGAGGAGAGAGACGACCCUGGACUGCAGCUUAUUAAGAAGAAACAACAAGAUGUGCUUGGUUUCUUAGAAGCUAACAAAAUAGGAUUUGAAGAAAAAGAUAUUGCAGCCAAUGAAGAGAAUCGGAAGUGGAUGAGAGAAAAUGUGCCUGAAAACAGUCGACCAGCCACAGGGUACCCCCUGCCACCUCAGAUUUUCAAUGAAAGCCAGUACCGUGGGGACUAUGAUGCCUUUUUUGAAGCCAGAGAAAAUAAUGCAGUGUAUGCCUUUUUGGGCUUGACAGCCCCACCUGGUUCAAAGGAAGCAGAAGCACAGGCAAAGCAGCAAGCAUGA